CUUGUCUUGUCGGUCUGCCCUAGAUGAUAUGAUAUGCACGCAUUCAUAUAUAUACCGCCACCCUACCCUAUAUGGUAAUAUUAGGUGCCGGCCCUUUUUUGAUCAUUGUCCCAGCUCCUUGGCUCCAACUGUGAUCGCCGUUCGCAAUCAUGGCUGGCUGGUAUUCCUACGGUGUUGCGCUAUUUGCCGCCAUCGGCACGUUUCUUUUUGGAUUCGAUACCGGCAUCGCGACGACAACGAUCGCCCAUCAGAGCUGGAUCGAUUAUAUGGAUGAACCUUCCGAGGGUUUGACCGGUGCUGUGGUUGCCGUUUACAUUGCCGGCGAAGCUGUCGGGGCGCUGACACAGACGGCGAUUGGCGACAAACUGGGUCGCUUGCGGUUCAUGGAGUUGAUGUGUGUGAUCGUGACUAUUGGAACUGUUAUUCAGACCGCCUCGGUCAAUAUCGGGAUGUUUCUUGCCGGUCGUGUACUGGCUGGUUAUGCUGUGGGGGGAAUGGUAUCCACCGUACCGAUCUACCUCAGUGAGAUCUCAGACCCACGAAUCCGCGGCCUCAUCGGCGGCAUCUCAGGCUGCGGCAUUUCCUUCGGCACUAUGGCGUCUAACUGGGUCGGGUACGCCUGCAGCUAUGCCCCCUACGGUCCCGUGCAGUGGAGACUGCCCCUGGGCAUCCAGAUCCCAUGGGGUAUCAUCAUGUUCUUUGGGCUGAUUAGCUUCAUGCCCAACUCGCCGCGCCAUCUGAUCCGGAGCGGGAAGGUCGAGCAGGCGCGCAGCGAGUUCAAGCGGAUCCGCAGGGAUCUGGGCUCGGAUGAGAUGCAUCGGGAAUUUGCGGUUAUGCUGGCGCAGAUCGAGUAUGAGAAGGAGAGGGAGAUUACGUCGUAUCGGGAGAUUUUCAAGUUGUUUCGGCAUCGGGUGUUGGUGUCUGUUGCUGUUCAGACGAUGACGAGCCUUACUGGUGUGAAUGUGAUCCAGUAUUAUCAAACAAUUCUAUACAAAUCCCUUGGCAUAGACUCGCAUACAAUCCUGGCCCUAGCAGCAGUUUACGGCACCGUGGCCUUCCUUGUCAACAGUCUCACGACAAAGUACCUGACUGAUCAAUGGGGACGCCGAAAGAUGCUCAUCUCCGGACUCGCCGGCAUCGUGGUCGUCGAAAUCUACGCCGCCGUCAUGCAGCACGUGUUCCAAAACACCGAUAAUCGAGUGGGGAAGGGAUUUGCGAUUCUAGGAAUAUACCUCUUCGUCGUGGCCUACUACGGCAUGCUGAACAGCACCACCUGGCUCUACGGGGCCGAGGUCCUGCCCAUCGCACUGCGCAGCAAAGUGAUGGGUCUGGCAGCGGCGUCGCAUUUUAUCGUGAAUGUCGCCAUCACCGAAGCCGGGCCCAGUGCAUUUGCCAACAUCCACGAGAACUACUACUACGUGUUUGUGGCCUGCUCGCUAUUCUUUCUGGUCGUGGCAUACAUCUACUUCCCGGAGACAAAGCGCAAAACACUCGAGGAAAUUGCGGCUUCGUUUGGCGACAAGGUUAUUGCGCCGGAGGAUCGGGGGGUGGAAGGUUAUGGGGACGAGGAGGAUGACGAUGGGGAUGAUGGAGAUGCGAAGCCGCGAGCGAGGGAGGUGGAGGGAUGAGAGGAAUUCUGAGGAGUUCGUGUGUGUAGCUUGUGACGAGAGUGCGGGUGAG